AUGUCGAGCCCGUCAAAUAUUACUCUCGAGCAAACCGGUCUGGACAUUUCAAAGCAAGCUGAUCCGCUAUUCUAUGGAUAUGCUAUUUCCACAGCCCUCUUUGGAAUCGUAUUCAUUCAUGGCUGGACAUAUAUCAACGCGAAUAAUGAUGCAUGGGGAUUGCGCGCACUGGUCGGACUAUUAGUUGCUUUAGAGACGGUUUCAACAUGCGUGAUGACCCAAGUCAUGCAGUUCUAUUUUAUACAAAAUUACGGGAAUUUAGAAGCGAUAUCACAAACUCCUACAGGAUUUCUGGCCGAGAUUGCAGCGACCAUCGUGGUCAUUCUGAUGGUUCGGAUCUACUUUGUAUCGAAAAUAUACCUUCUGCAGCCACAGAGUCGGUUUGUUCCGGCCAUCGUAAUGGUACUGGGAGUUUUGUCUUUUGGAGCGGGUUUGGCUUACAUUGUGGACCAAGCCAAGCACCCGGCUGUCGAGGAUUUAGUCUCUAGAUCGAGGAUGUUGGAAAAUUGUCUGGAAAACGGUUUUGCCGCUGCUGCAGAUUUGGUCACUACUAUCGCGCUCUCAGUUUACCUAGCAAAGUCUUGUACGGGAAUACAGAGAACUGACACGAUUCUUCAGAAUGUAUUCAGAUAUAUAUUAGGUCGGGGCAUCUUAGUGUUCUUGAUGCACAUCGCAAAGUUGGUGCUGUAUAUCACGACCCAGGGAUUAUGGUGGUGA